AUUAAUUAAUAAGGAAGAAUUAGAUUUUAUGAUGAGACAAUUAAUUGGAGAUCAAAUAGUUAAUGAUCCAUUUCUACUUCAUAUUUAUUGGUGGAAAUAUGCAGAUAAUGUUUUGAUUCAAUUAAAAUUAGUUGAAAAUUGUCCAGACAUUAUUGCAAAGGUUCGAAAUGAUUUCAUUAUUCAUGGAAAACUUGAUCAAUAUCUUUUUAGGGAAGCAAUAAAUUUAAUCCUACAAAAUAUAUGUGAUGAUAAACCAUGGAAACAAGAUGUGGACUUUAUAUUUUCUCUAAGUGAUAAAUUCGAUAAUGCAAAACAAUGUUCAAAUUUAAAUUUAUUACUCGUAUGUAACGAUUUAUUAAAGAUAAAGUCAAUACCACCGGGAAAAAUCAAAGAAAUCAUUUAUUUGGGAAAAUCUAGGAAACGAGAAUUUAUCACAUCUGAUAUUAUUAAUUUAAUCUUUGAUAAUUUAAAUGAUGAUGAUGAUUUGAUCCCCAUUAGAUCGUUUAUUAAGAGACUCCUUGUUCUUCUCCCUUUAGAAUCUGAUAUUCGGAAUGAGCGAAUAUUUUUCACAUUGAUAAUUUCUGAAGCUGCUUUACAACUUUCAAUUGGACUGAAUGCUAUUAAUGACAUGAUCAAAACCAUUAACUCGGAUAUAAUGAUAUUAAGUUGUGAAAUAAUUCAAUCAAUUUUUAAUGAAUUUGAAUUGAAAGAAUUAUUACCAUAUUUUAAACAUUCGAUUGAAACAAUUACAAGAUCAGAUCUUUCUUCGCAACACAUAUCUACGUUACAACAAAUAACUUUGUCCAAGGAAUUGCCUUUUAACAAACCGGUUAUGAACCUUGAACUUCCUGUUAUCUUUGGUCUAAUCGAACAAAAGGAUGCUGGAAUUUAUUUAUGUGCAAUUUUGGACUUUUUGAUUAAAUUACAUAAUGAAUUUUUGGAUAACGCGUUAACCGCCAUUCCGGUUGGAUCACAAUUGACUUCCAAAUCGAUUAAAGUGAUUCAUGCACAAGAUGAUCAUUUCAUUAAUUAUGAAUGGAAUGAUAACAUUUUAAAGUACAGUCAAAAGAAUCGAAAAAUGGAAAAGAAUACUUAUUUUAUUUUUGAUUUGCAAAAAAUCGAAAAGAAACUUGUUAAAAAGUUGGUCUAUAACAAAGUUCAUUUCGAAACCGAGGAUGAUGACUUUUAUUUAAAAAACUUUUCAUUUAAACAUGAAUUAUUUCAUAAAUCAUCACGGAUGCUUUUUGAUCGAUAUCAAACAGGAAUUGGUCGAAAGAUUGUUUCUACUGAUUUAUUAGUAUCGCAUGCCUACGAUAGUUAUAUCUAUAUCGUUAAUGAAAAAGCAAAGGUUGAUAAACAAAUUAAUCAAAAUCUUUCAACCGUGUCACCAGCUACUGGAACUAGAAGAACUUUACAAAGAAUUAAAAAAGUUAAAACUGUUACAGAUUAA